AUGUUGACUGAGUGGCUGAGUGGUGUGUUGGCUGAGUGGCUGAGUAGUGUGUUGACUGAGUGGCUGAGUGAUGUGUUGACUGAGUGGCUGAGUGGUGUGUUGACUGAGUGGCUGAGUGGUGUGUUGAUUGAGUGGCUGAGUGGUGUGUUGACUGAGUGGCUGAGUGGUGUGUUGACUGAGUGGCUGAGUGGUGUGUUGACUGAGUGGCUGAGUGGUGUGUUGACUGAGUGGCUGAGUGGUGUGUUGAUUGAGUGGCUGAGUGCUGCGUUGACUGAGUGGCUGAGUGGUGUGUUGACUGAGUGGCUGAGUGAUGUGUUGACUGAGUGGCUGAGUGCUGUGUUGACUGAGUGGCUGAGUGCUGUGUUGACUGAGUGGCUGAGUGAUAUGUUGAUUGAGUGGCUGAGUAGUGUGUUGACUGAGUGGUUGAGUGGUGUGUUGACUGAGUGGCUGAGUGGUGUGUUGGCUGAGUGGCUGAGUGCUGUGUUGACUGAGUGGCUGAGUGGUGUGUUGAUUGAGUGGCUGAGUGCUGCGUUGACUGAGUGGCUGAGUGGUGUGUUGACUGAGUGGUUGAGUGGUGUGUUGACUGAGUGGCUGAGUGGUGUGCUGACUGAGUGGCUGAGUGGUGUGUUGACUGAGUGGCUGAGUGAUAUGUUGAUUGAGUGGCUGAGUGGUGUGUUGACUGAGUGGCUGAGUGGUGUGUUGACUGAGUGGCUGAGUGCUGUGUUGACUGAGUGGCUGAGUGGUGUGUUGAAUUAUACUAGACUGUGUGGAGUGAGUGGCUGA